UUCAUCUGCGGCGGAUUUUACUGCGUCCCCUCCCCCUUGGUUUCAUCGCGUGUGACGCACUAGAGCUGGGGGCGUGUCCUGGAGAAAUCCCCGGUCAGCCUCAUUUCUAACUGCAGCGAGGAGGAGUUAACCAGGUCCAGAAGGAGCGCAGCCAUGGGGAACGCGCAGGAGAAACCGCCGGGUGGCGGCGGGGCAACAAAAACUAAUCAUGGAGGCACAGCGGCGGGGAAACCUCAUAACCACAAAGCUCCAGAGAAGGGACUGUCCAACGGGUCUCCGCGAGAAAACAGCCGGAAGGAGGAGCAGGCCAGUCCCGCAGUGGAUACGAGUUACCUGGAUGCUCCAGCCGGGGCCCUGCCCCCCCACCUGGCCCGGCUGAAGAAUGAGGGGAACCACCUCUUCAAGCACGGACAGUUCGGAGAGGCGCUGGGGAAGUACACGCAAGCCAUUGAAGGAUGUGCUGAGGCAGGGGUUGACAGUCCAGAAGACCUGUGUAUUCUCUACUCCAACAGAGCUGCCUGCUACCUGAAGGAUGGAAACAGUGCAGACUGCAUACAGGACUGUACCAAGGCUUUGGAGCUUCAGCCGUACUCCUUGAAGCCUCUGUUGCGCAGAGCCAUGGCUUAUGAGUCACUGGAGCGCUACAGGAAGGCCUACGUGGAUUACAAGACUGUGCUGCAGAUCGACACUGGGAUACAAGCGGCUCAUGACAGCGUCCACAGGAUCACAAAGAUGCUGAUAGAGCAGGACGGCCCUGAGUGGAGGGAGAAACUUCCAGAGAUUCCCGCUGUUCCUCUCUCUGUUCAGCAACAACACAGAGAAAAACCAAUCAGCAUCGAGCAGGCCCAGGCGCGCGCCGCCAGGGCCGCACAAGACGAAGCCAGAAAAAAAGAAGCCAGGUUUACGUUACUGAAGCAAGAAGGAAAUGAUUUGGUCAAGAAAGGACUCUUCCAGGAAGCUCUGCAGAAGUACAGUGAAUGCCUGGCAUUGAAACCUGAGGAAUGCGCCCUUUACACUAACAGAGCCAUUUGUUAUUUAAAACUGAACAACUUCGAAGAAGCCAAACGAGACUGCGACUCUGCAAUACAACUGGAUCCAGCCAAUAAAAAGGCCUUCUACAGACGAGCCCUGGCCUUCAAGGGGCUACAGGAUUACCUGUCGGCCAGCAGCGACCUCCAGGAGGUCCUUCAGCUGGACCCCAACGUCCGGGAGGCUGAGCAGGAGCUGGAGGAGGUGACAGGUUUGCUGAGGCAGAGUCUGAUGGAGAACGCAACAAGGGGAUGAGGUCUUAUUGUGGCGUUCAGGAGGACAGAGCUGUCAACAUGCACUCUGACAAGCUGAAGUUUGGGCCGUUUCUGUGAACGAUCAGGGUCGUGUCAGACAAACUCAGGAAAUAAACAUAUCGUAAUUUCCCACCUUAACAUAUUAACCUCUUAAAAUUUAAAUGCAGAAUUUUGGACUUUUCAAAAAUAUUUUGGCCUUCAAAUGUUGUUUGCAAAAUAACACUAGAAAAGUACAAAUCUGAUUAUGAAAAAGCUUUUUAAGGAAUCAAAUUCUGUUAAUAUAUCCAGAUAAUCAACACAGCUAAACUAGCAAACGUCAACGGAUCAGAUGAAAGUGUAUCCAGCAAGUUUUGUUGUUGGGUUUCAGUCUUAAAAGUGGAAAAGUACUUUAUAAGCUAAGCUUUGUGGCCUGGGACCUGGAAAAAUGUGACCUUUCUCAGUAAGAUCCUGAUGGAAAACCUUCCUUCAUAGUUUAUGUUUUCAAAAAUUAACAGCACAAACCCGAUCAACCGUAGUUUUUCUGCUAAAAUGAAAAAAAUAUAUCAACUAAUACAAAAUCCGGAUCAAUAGCUGUUCAGUAACAGAAUACCUGUCAUGUUCAGCAAUGAGUUUGUCUUUCACUCCCUGGGUUUGACCAAACUCAGCUGGAAUAUUUCAACUAUCUGCUGUGUAAAUAUGUCGAGACAACCAGCUUUUCUGCUCUGCAGUGUGUGAAGGAACCACAACACAAACACGAGUCGACGCCGCCUUUCUCAACAGAAAGCUUUAUUUGAAAUGGCUACGGUGCUUGAAACACGCUUGCAUUUUUUUCCUUUACAAAGUCGUGUAAAUAUGUUUUGUUUUCCUGUAACAGGCUGUAGAAUUAUUUUGUGUAUUUAUGUAAAAUAUGGGUUAAAAAAAAGGAGAAUACUGUGUGCCUUAUUGAGAUUUCUACUGCAAGGAGGAUGCAUUGAGCCAAGAUUACAGAUUGUUUUGUUUGUUUCUAGUGAUUCUUUGAGCUCAGAAUAGCAUGCAUUUGCAGAAACAGUAGUCUCUAAGAGGCACAAAAAGAUUUUAAAAAAUGUUUAAAAUUCAUCUAUUGAAUGAGCAUUUGUCACUGUUUACAUCCCUUAAGGUAAUAAUUAAGGAUUGCUACAAAAAAAUAAAAAAUAAAUAAAGAAGUGCUCAGCUCCUUGUUAAAAUAGUCUAUUUUUUGGUUUUAGAUAGAAGUGCUGCUGCUGAAGUUUAAGAUCCAAGCUGCUUAGUCUUACUGAAGUUCUCAGGUUUGUAGCUUUUUCAUCAAAAUACUAAUAUUUGAAAUUUAGAAGGAAAAAAAAUCAAACUUUUCCUUGCCCUAUUAGCUGCAGCAAACAUCCGCCCAUCUCUCAGUAUUUUUAACUUUCUGUGUGUUUAUGUCGUCACGGCAAAAGUGUCCCCCUUAGGAAGCAUUGAGCCAGGCAGUUUGAAUGUGUUAAAAAAUGCGUGGGAAGAUGUAGUCAAAUACAAAGUCACCUGCCAUGAACAGUGCUGCCUUGUUUUUUUUCUGGGUGGUUUCACGGUGACUCACACCAUCAAACGUGACCCAAACAUCACGUGUUUGUGCUCUGACCACACCGACCUGCAAUGUUUACGGCAGAGAUGAACAGCACUUUUGAUAUUCAUGCUCAAAAACAUUUUCAACGUACUUUAAAAAUGCCUUUAAAUAGAAAAGAAACGCACAAAAAAGUGCAAGUUCCCCCGGAUUGUAAAUUGCACACCUAUUCAUUUCUGGCCACUUUAAGGAUAUUUUCUCUGUAAAUUCUAAAGAGUUGAAUGUAAUUAAAAAUACUUUGGACCUUUGUAUUUUUGCAGACUUCAUUUAAGAAUCAGAGCCAAAGGAAAAUGUUGUUUUGAUGUCAGCUGCAGACGUGUUUGUGACAGUUGUGAUGCUUUUGUCGUUCCCCACAGCUGCCUGAAGCGAUGAUGCAGCACCACUUUUGUACUUAGAAAGCGUUUUGUCAUCAUGACAAGGUCUAAAACUUAUCUGAGUCACUCCUAAAAAAAUAGUAGUCAACAUGAAUGUGAAUUAAAAAAAUGUCUGUAAAGACCUCUGGUUUAUUCCAACCCUUUAGCAAAAUCCAACCUGCAGAAAAAUGAAAUGUUCGAUGGAGUUGCUGUCUUCAGGACACCCUCCAGCAUCCAUACAGGCUUUACAGUUGAUUUUUCAAGAUUAUGGGUUUAAAGUUUGUACUUUUGUAGGCGGGGCUGCAAAGGAAAACAUUUUGGUAAAAAUUAUAGACAUUUUGCUGCACAGACGAUAAACAAUAAAAUGUGUUCUUACUGGGUGAUUGCAGAGAAGUUAAAAAACAGAACAAUUAUUUUCUGAUUGCUCAAAAACAAAGCGUUUUUUAUGCAUGCUUUACUAAUCAUUAUUUUUCCUUUAGUUGUGUGUUAAAAACAGCAAUUUUUAGCCUUUUCCUCUUAAGAAAUUGAUGUGUAGAUUUGUUUUUGCUGUACAGCUUCUCUUCUAUGGCUUGUCGUUGCACAAAUAUUUCUCAACUGUGAUAACUUCACACUUAUGGCACUUGUUCUUCCCCUGUAUAUUACAGGAUAGAGUCUAUGGAAGCCCAUUUAUGCCACUUUGACGGAAAAUGUCCAGCAUUACCAUUUUUCUGUACCAUAGGGUACAAACAUUGUGUGACACCGUAUCAUGUUAGCGUAUUUAAGUUUAUUAAAUUUAUAUGGCGCCUUAAAAUGACCUUAGUCAAACAUUACAUUUUUAUUAUUAUUUACACUUGCACCCAAACUUGUUUGCAGCUCGUAAAAAUGGACUGGCAUUUUGACAGAGCGCCCUGUACCUCUGAAAUCGCUUCAACAUCAGUAAGCACAGCCAUAAUGAAUCCAUACAUAAGGGACUCCAGAUUGUAAGGUGCACUGUCGUCUUUUGAAAAAAUACGCCCUAUAGUGCAGAAAAUACUGUAGUCAAUAUUUUUGAAAUUAUAAACUGUAAUUUCUUUAAAUUUAUCAAGACAGUAUGACAGCUCUGACACUAUCAUUAGUUUGUCACAAUUUUGGUUCAGAAUUGUAGCUUAUAACCUCAUAAUUUUGACCAAUUUUUAAUUCAUUUCAGAAUUAUUUUUCAUAUCCUUGAAUUCGUUAUCACAGCUUUUAUCUAUUUUUUUUACAUCUAAACCAAGCCCAGCAUUAGCCUAAGUCAGAAAUGCUCAAUUUAAAUUACAAAACAAAAACAGCUUUUUUUCUAUAUUGGCAGUAAUGUGCUUCCAUACAUUUCACAAGUAUUUUUUACAAGCCAUCAAGUCACUUUACAGCAGAAAGUGCCACAACUUCCAACUUGUUUUUCCUUCUUUUUCCUUAAAUUAAAAACAUUGAAAGUUUGUAAGACGUUUCAGGCAAUGUUUGUAUUUCUCUGUGGAAUGUUAAUGCAUGUACUGUAUGUAAAUAAACUGAAUGCUGGUGUAAAUAAACUAAGAUAUGAAUGCUUUAA